CUCUUCUCUCUCUCUCUCUCUCUCUCUCUCUCUCUCUCUCACGGAAGAGCCACCGUCUAGUUGUUCCCCGCGAAUCGGUUCUCCGUGGGUUUUGGGAUACGCACACAUACACACACGCACACGUAUACACACGCGCACGUACACACACACACACACACACACGGAGAGACACACAGGCGCGCGUCAUGGCGCACGUCGCGCACCUGUUCGUCGCGCUGGCGUGGAUUAUUUCGGUGCACGGAUCUUUCUGCAGCGGCGGCGCUGGCGUUGGUGUCGGCGUGUUGAACCGGAGGCACGAGCAUCACCGCCUCCUCGCGGAGGAGGAGGAGGACGAGACCCGAGCAGCACCGGAUGCUCCGCGGAGGCUCGCGAGGUCGCCGAAAGUGGCGUCUCUGCUGAGCAGCUCGUUCGUGCUGAAAGGCGACGCCGCGCACAACCAGGCGAUGGUUCACUGGACGGGCGAAAACAGCAGCGUCAUCCUCAUCUUGACGAGAUAUUACCACGCCGAUUCCAGCAAAGUGCUCGAGAGCUCCCUCUGGAGGUCCAGUGAUUAUGGAACCACAUACAGCAAACUCAACCUGAUGCCUGGAACCACCAUCAUAGUCACCAAUUUCUACAUCUGCCCCAGUAAUAAGAGGAAGGUGAUCCUGAUCAGCUCCACCAUUAAUGAGCAGGAUCAGAUGCUCUUCAUCAGCACAGAUGAGGGAGCGUCCUUCCAGAGACAGCCCCUGUCCUUCACCGUGGAGACGCUCCUCUUCCACCCGUCAGACGAGGACAAACUGCUGGCUUACAGCAAAGAGGCCACGGUUUAUGUGUCUACUGAUCUGGGAAGGAAAUGGACACUGCUGCAGGAACGAGUGACCAAAGACCGAGUUUUCUGGUCUGUAGCUGGGGUGGAUGUGGACCCUGAUUUGGUACAUAUGGAGAUACAAGACACUAGUGGAGGUUACCUGUACGUGACGUGUCUGAUACAGAACUGCUCGGAUAAGAUGGUGACGGCUCAGUUCCUGGGUAAAAUCGACCACAAUUCUCUCUCAGUGCAGAACGACUACGUGUUUGUGAAGGUUACCAUGUCUAAUCGUACAAAGUGCUACGUCUCUUAUCGACGAAACGAGUUUGUGCAGAUGCGCUUGCCCAAGUUCGCCCUGCCAAAGGAUGUGCAGAUUGUGAGCACGGAUGAGAACCAGGUGCUGCUGGCCCUGCAGGAAUGGUACCAGACGGACACAUAUAACCUGUACGCCUCAGACCAGCAGGGUGUUUAUUACUCCAUCUUGUUGGAGAACGUACGCAGCACCAAGCAGCCCGAGGAGAACGUCAUCAUCGACGUGCUGGGGGUGCGUGGCAUCAAAGGCGUCUUCCUAGCCAAUCAGAAAGUAGACGGCAAAGUCAGGACUCUCAUCACAUUUAAUAACGGGCGGGAUUGGGAGCUGCUGACUCCACCCACUGUUGACAUGAAUGGCAAAGCGGUGAACUGCAAACAGCCAGACUGUCACCUUCACCUCCACCUGAGAUGGGCUGACAACCCGUACGUUUCUGGUACGGUCCAUACUAAAGACUCCGCCCCUGGCCUUAUCAUGGGUGCAGGCAAUCUCGGCUCUCAGUUGGUUGAAUAUAAAGAGGAGAUGUACAUCACCAAUGACUGUGGAAAGACCUGGAGACAGGUGUUCGAAGAGGAGCAUCACAUCCUGUAUCUGGAUCACGGUGGCGUCAUCGUGGCCAUCAAAGACACGUCCAUCCCACUAAAGAUCCUCAAGUUCAGUGUGGAUGAAGGACGUACUUGGAGCAUCCAUAAUUUCACCAGCACGUCAGUGUUUGUGGAUGGCUUGCUGAGCGAACCCGGAGAUGAGACCCUGGUUAUGACUGUGUUUGGUCACAUUAGCUAUCGUUCAGACUGGGAGCUGGUGAAGGUGGAUUUCCGCCAGUCUUUCCCUCAGCAGUGUAACGAGGACGACUACGAGUCAUGGAAACUCACUAACCUGCAGGGAGAGCAUUGUAUCAUGGGACAGGAGCGAGUGUUCAGAAGAAGGAAGGAGUCGUCUCUGUGCAUUAAAGGGAAGAGCUACACGUCUGCACUGAUGGCUAAACCCUGCCAGUGCACCGAGAAAGACUUCAGCUGUGAUUAUGGAUUCGAGCGCAGCCUCAAAGCCGAAGGUGAUCGCUGUUACCAUGACUUCUGGCACGACCCUGAAGCUCCGCCCGAAAACUGCCAUUUGGGACACACCUACAAGACCAGCACAGGCUAUCGUAAGCUCACCUCGAACACGUGUGAAGGUGGGAUGAAUAAAGAGGAGAGCGGGAAGCAGCGUGCCUGCCCUCUGAUGCCCCCCAGAGGUCUACAACUGGGCAUCAAGGGGCAGAUGCUUACUGUGGCACCUGGUGAUGACAUCACCUUCAUCGUCCAUCAGGAGCGGGGUGAUACGAGCAGUACCCGGUACCAGGUGGACCUUUCAGACGGCGUCCGUGCCAUUUAUCAGAACUUAACCGUGACAGAUGAACCAAUCCAGCACCGCUAUGAGAAGCCGGGUUUUUAUCGGGUCAGUGUGAAGGCGGAGAACGCAGCCGGUGACGAUCGGGCCACUCUGUACAUCCGGGUCACACAGCCUUUACAGGAAGUCCACCUAGAAGUGGUGCCCAUCGCAGGAAGGAAACAGGAAGUGAACCUGACUGCUGUGGUGCUACCUGAGGACUCGAACCUGACCGUCUUCUACUGGUGGAUCGGAGAGGAGCUGCAGCCGAGGCUGACGCUGGAGAACAGCAUCCUCACCAGCUUCUCUGAAGAAGGUCAGAUCUCCGUCACUGUCCAAGCAUCUAACGGACGCUCCACGGUGCAGGACAGCAAAACCGUACGCGUUUACGAUCAUUUCCAUGUCAUUCCUCUUGGCUUCAGUCCGAACUUGGAUCGCUUCAACCCCAACAUCCCGGAAUGGAGAGAGGACGUGGGACACGUGGUCACCAAGAUGCUGGCCAAGAUCACUGGACUUCCUCAGGAGUCAAUGGUUGCCAUGGUGAAGCCUGGGCUGCCGACCAGAGCAGACUUAUACGUGUUGCCCACAGAGAACAUGUCCACCAAACGGAGUGGGUUUGCCGAUAAGCACGUGUCCACCAUAAAGCAGGCUCUGAAAGAGAGUAACAUCAGCUUUGUGGUACGUGGUGGACUCAGAGUGUUGGUGACCCUGUCGGAUCCUGACGCAGGGCUAAUAACUAGUGACGUGUCGUCCAGAGCAGCCGCGAGCGACUCUCGGAUCGGUGCUGCCAGUCCUGGGUUCUGGGCUUUGGCUGGCAUUCUUCUCGUCACGUUCAUCACUACAGGACUCUUCCUCCUCUACAAGUUUAAAAGGAAGCUGCCGGGACGUAACGUCUAUGCCCAGAUGCACAAUGAAAAGGAGCAGGAAAUGACCAGUCCUGUCAAUCACAGCGAUGACACGCAACAUAUCAUCCAAGGGGAGGAGUUUAUCGACGAUGACCUCGACUCGCAGACGCUGGGUAACGGCCGAGGCAACCACUCGGGAGUGGUGCUGAGCAUAACAUCGAGGGAACUGCACGGAUACCUGAGUAGCUGAUGAUCUUUAGCUCCGCCCACCAGAACGGAGGCUGCCUUUAACUCCACACACCUGAAUGGACAAAGCCUUUUAGGCCACACCCACAUGUGACCCUAACACGCCCAGACAGGAGGAACAGUGAAACUGCACAUAUUAACCAUCAGCACAGCAAAACCUCUCUAACCAUCUCUCUCAUUAGCUCACACACACACACACACACACACACACUCCCUCUUUCUCUAUCUCUCUCUCUCUCACACACACAAACACACACAUACUCCCCCUCCCCUCUCUCUCUCUCUCUCUCUCUCUCUCUCACACACACACACACACACACACACGCACUCACACAUCUAUCUGUCUAUAUAUCUAUCUCUUUCUCCCUCUCUAGACAUCAGUUUAUUAAAUGCUGAAGAGAGUUACACACACACACACACACACACACACGUGCGGUGUCUUGUUUCUUCUCUCCCUCUGUCCUGUCUCUUGGUAUGACGGGACAUCCUCAGCACUUACACUUUCACUGAUGCCCAGGGACCAUUUUUACUUCCUGUCACAUGACUGGUCAGUGCACUCUGAUUGGCUGUCUCAGAGAGAAUAUAGAGGUCACGUCUUUUUAGAUGUCUGUGGUGGUAAUUGUGGUGUGUGAUAUAUAUUUUACCUGUUUCUUUAUAAAGUCUCAUACGUUCUGUUCUUCCUCCCAUCAUUUUCCUUGUUUGUUUGAGUUGAUAGAGCUCUCUUUCUCUCAGGCCUGAGUGGUGCUGUAGUGGGUCUGAAUCUGUCACCCAUCCAUGAUUUUUAUGUUAAUCUUAAGAAUGGUAGUGAGCAUGAGGUUAGAGUUUGUGUAAAUGACCAGGAUGAGCGUGGAAAUCAGGAGUAGCCAAGUUUAUCCACACAGCCAAAGGGACAAUAAUUCCCCAUCUGUAAUUUCUCUUUAUUUUUUCAUCCACAUUCUCAGCUUCUGAUGCAAUAAGAAAUCACAGGAUUCUGUCCUCUACUGAGUCAAAUGGGAUAGAAAGAUCUUCCUCACUUACUGUGUGAUAUUCAGGAGAAACACAGCAGGGUUUUUUGUGGGGAUUGUAAAAAAAAAUAAAUAAAAUGGAAGAAGGAUGGCGGACAGAGACUAAAGCCAAAAGCCCUCACAAGACCUUUGUUUGUUUGUUUUGCUUUCACAGCACUAUAGCAGAAAGCCUUCCCAAGUCAUUUGUAUGUUUUUGUUUGUUUUACUUUACAACACUGCAACAACCCCCUAUACAUUUGUUAAUUUGCUUGUUUUGCUUUGCAAUGCUAUAGCAAAAAGCCUCUAAGACAUAUGUUUGUUUUCCUUUAGUAUUGAAAGCCCUCCAAGAUGUUUGUUUGUUUGUUUGUUUGUUUUUUUGUUUAGCUUUACAAUGCUCUAGCCAUUUGUUUGUUUGCUUGUUCAAUUGUUCAUUUUUCUUUACAACACUGUAACAAAAGCCUUUUUUUGUUUGCUCUACUUUACAACACUUUAAAAAGCCCCACAAGGAAUUUGUUUUUAUGUGCUUGUUUGUUUGUUUUGCUCGACAAUGCUAUAGCAAAAUGCCUCCUCAAAAAGAAAUUUAUUUGUUUGUUUGUUCUGCUUUAAAAUAUUAUAUAAAAAAAAGCUCUCCUAGGACAUAUUCGGUAUUCUUUUGUUUGUUCUUACUUUAUUUGAACUACAACAACAACUAAACUCUUGAGGCAUUUGUUUGUUUUUGCUUUGUAAUGCUAGGACAAAAAACUCAUGAGGCACCUUCAUUGUUAGUUUUUGGUCUUUUUUUUGAUAGGUGGAGUGGUAAGAAACAAACAAACAAACAAAAGCCCCCACAAGAAAUAUUAGCUUUUGGGGUUUGUUUGUUUGCUUUGUUUAUAGUUUUUUUGUGGGAACAAUAAUAAAAAAGCCCUCACAACAUAUCUUUUUCUUUUAAUAAAUUACUCUUACUAUCAACAUUAUUAGGUAAAACUGAGCAGUGAAACAUUUAGAUGGAAUAAGACAGAAACAAAGCGUUAUCCAAACAACUAAACCGUACUGAUCUUAGGAUCAACAGCGCAGUUCGUUAUUUAUUAGACGAUUUCAUGAUUAGAGUUUUGCAGGUGUGCUUUUGUACGUGCAAAGCCUAUAUUAGGCCAAAAGUGACGAGAGAUCCCCUUUUCUUUGGCUGGUGUAUAUAGACAUGUGUGUGUGUGUGUAUAUAAACAACAUCCAGCUGUAAAUUAUCCCAAAAAUCACCACUACACAUUUCACACUAAAGACCAAAACAUGCAGUUUCCUGAGUUCCAGAAGAGUUUCCCGAGUUCCCUAGGGCUAACACAGUUUAAAUUUCUCAUCUUCAUCUUCAUCUCGCUGCUUCCAAAACGUUCACACCAUUUAUUUGUUCAACAUAAAGUCAGUGAUUUUUCAUUUUUGGGGGAAUUUAUGCAAAUUAGAUUUGAUGAACUGAGAAGUGUGUGUUUGUGUAACAGCUUGUAACUGGACUUGCACUAAAUGUUUGUAUUUUUCCAUUUGAAUAAAAAAGAGAACUGGGUUUGGUUUUCCUUCAUCAGGCCAACUCAGAUCACUUAGAUUUCUCCUAAAUCCUCGUCUUAACCUCAACUUUAUACCGUCCCUGGUUUCAUUUUGGCCCUAAUGUGAAAGUAAAAAAGGAGACUUUUGAAAUAUUUUUGAGGCAAGGAAAUGUUUUGUACCUCUAUAUGCACAUAUUUGGCUUAACAGUAGUUUGUAGGUAAUGAGGUAGUAAAGUGGCAUUUACUCCCCCCCCACAUUUCUGGUGGAAUUAAAGGGAAUAAGGGCAUGUUUCUGCGUCAGCAUUUUUGUCCUUUCUAAAGAAAGUUCCAGUGAGUUACAUUUUGAAACCUGACUGCACAUUUUUAGCGGACCUGGAUUUUGUUUAAUAUGCUUUGUUUCUUUGUUUAUGUGUAAAUGACUCAAGAUGCAGAAAGCAAACUGCACUUAACCUGUGUGGCUGAAAACACACACACACACACACACACACAUUACUGUAUAGGUUUGUUCUAAUGGUUGGAUCUGUUCAA